ACACCAUCGAGGAGCUGGACCUCCUGCAGGGGAUCGCCGUGCCCUUCGGCGACCCCGACCACCCAGUACUUCGUCACGGGAUUCGACGGGUUCCCGGCCUUCGGGUUCAAGGCCGGGGCGAGCAUCAAGCACCCUUACAGGCUGUUCCUGCCCGAGCGGCUCUACAGGCAGUUCUCGAUCCUCGUUGCCGUGAAGCCCGACACCGCGGAGCCGAUGUUCCUCUUUGCCGUCGUCAAUCCCCUCGAGAACCUGAUCCAACUCGGGGUCUCGCUCACGCCGGGGAACUCGGGAUCAGCCAACGUCUCCCUUUACUACACGGACGGCGAGCGGCACAUGACCUCGCAGACCAUCGCCUCGUUCCUGGUGCCGCAGUUCACCGGGGUCUGGACCAGAUUCGCCUUCAAAGUAACCGAGGACGAGAUUCACCUCUGGUUCAACUGCCAGCUGUCCAACAUGCUCCUCGUCAAGAGAGUGCCGCUGCAGCUGGUGUUCGACUCGGCCUCGACCUUGUACAUCGGGCAGGCUGGGGGGAUCUUCAAGGGGGAGUUCGAGCGCAGAGGUCGGAUUCUCAAAAUAAUUGGUUCCGCUGCCACCACCUUUAUUAAUGUGGUCGAAAACAGCUUGGCUACCGUUGGUGUGGCGCUGGUCAGACCAUGUGGAUAUUGA